AGCCGCUCCCGCUCGGCUCGGUCGUGGCCGGAGCUCCAGCCUCGCCGCGCCGCCGCGGCGCAGCCCCCUUCGCGAGCAGCCCCCCCUCUCUGCGGGCCUGCGCGCGCAGCCAGAGCGCCAUGAGCCAAGCCCCCAGUGCGGCAGACGACGUGCCUGGGGACGAGCGAGGCGCUCGCGUCGGGGAGAUCCGGGACAUGCUGGGCGCCCUCGGCUUCGACCUGCAGGGCGGCUUCAUGGAGCAGCGCCUGCGGGAGCUGGUCGAGCAAGAGGUCGACUGGCUCAAGCCAGAGUUCCGGGACCCGUCCAACGGCUACUACCUCGCCGCGGGCAUCAAAAUCCUGCUGGGCGGCCAGGGGAAGGGUGGCACGCUGCCGCGCGGGUACCGCGUCUAUGUGCCUCUGCCGCGCGGCAUGGUGACUCUCCUGGCAGGCCAGCACGGGACCGAGACCAUGCUGCAGGCCUGCGGGAUCAACCGCCGCGCGACCGUUUUUUUGUCGCACUGCCAGGCGGAACCUGUCCGAGACACGCUGUCCGGCAUGGAGGACUUCGUGCAGCGGGCAGGCCAGUCCAGCGACGAGCCGGUGUUCUGGCUGGACUUCUUUGGUCUGGACCAGAACAAUAUUACGUGGACGAAGGACAAGGAGCGCACGAAGCGCACGAUCGUGGGGCCGAGAACUCUGGCGGUCAUGAUGAGCCCGUGGGAGGGCGGAAUGACUCUGCAGCGGGCAUGGUGCUGCUUGGAGAUCGCCCUGCAUGCCCUCGUUGGUCAUGACAUCGUCGUCGUGCUCACGCCGGAGGAGAAGGAGCGCUUCCUCGACGCGCUCCGCAAAGACUACACGAGCAUCAUGAACAACUUGUGCGCGGUGGAUGUGCUAAAGGCGAAGGCGUCGAAGGAGGACGAUAAGGAGUGGGUGGUGAAGGAGAUGCAGGACGUGCCAGGCGGCGUCCCGAGAAUCAAUCAGAUGAUCAUCUCUUCGAUGUUCGAUGCCCUGACGCAGGUCGCGCGCAGUGCAGUCGAGAAUGGUGCUGAUGACGCGGACGCCAAUCCUCAUGUGGCUACCGACUGCAGCCAACUGGCCCGGCUGCUCAAGGACCAGGGCGACCUCGGCGCGGACACCGAGAGGCUGAUGCGGCGCGCCCUGGACAUCGACGAGAAGGCGCUCGGGCCGCAGCACCCUAAGGUGGCUAUCCGCUGCAGCAACCUAGCCGCGCUCCUCCAGGCCCGGGGCGACCUCGGCGCGGACACCGAGAGGCUGAUGCGGCGCGCCCUGGACAUCGACGAGAAGGCGCUCGGGCCGCAGCACCCUAAGGUGGCUAUCCGCUGCAGCAACCUAGCCGCGCUCCUCCAGGCCCGGGGCGACCUCGGCGCGGACACCGAGAUGCUUGAUGCGGCGCGCCCUGGACAUCGACGAAAAGGCGCUUCGGGCCGCAGCACCCUAAGGUGGCUAUCCGCUGCAGCAACCUUGCCCAGCUGGCUCCAGGCCCGGGGGCGACCCCGGUCGGCGCGGACACCGAGAGCUGAUGCGGCCCGCGGCCCUGGACAUCGACAGAAGAGCGCUCGGGCCGCAGCACCCCAGCGUGCUACCUUCUCAGCAACCUUAGCCCCAAGCUGCUCCAGGCCCGGGGCGACCUCGGCGCGGACACCGAGAGGCUGAUGCGGCGCGCCCUGGACAUCGACGAGAAGGCGCUCGGGCCGCAGCACCCUGAGGUGGCUACCGACUGCAGCAACCUUGCCCAGCUGCUCAAGGCCCGCGGCGACCUCGGCGCGGACACCGAGAGGCUGAUGCGGCGCGCCCUGGACAUCGGCGAGAAGGCGCUCGGGCCGCAGCACCCCAGCGUGGCUACCUUCUGCAGCAACCUAGCCGCGCUCCUCCAGUCUCGGAUCUGAGAGGCUGAUGCGGCGCGCCCUGGACAUCGACGAGGAGGCGCUCGGGCCGCAGCACCCUGCGGUGGCUACCCGCUGCAGCGACCUGGCCCAGCUGCUCAAGGCCCAGGGCGACCUCGGCGCGGACACUGAGAGGCUGAUGCGGCGCGCCCUGAACAUCUGCGAAA